AUCCAGCCACAACCCAAUCGAGAAAGAACCGGAAAUGUCUUUACGAAGCCCCGCAUUUCUCCUCCUGAUGACCUGCAUCGCCGGCGGCAUCCGCGGCCAAGAUCUGGACGAUGGAGCCUCGCCCCGCAUCGUCGGCGGCACUCGGGCCGUGGCGGGGCAGUUCCCCCACCAGAUCUCGCUGCGGCAUAACAAGCGAUUCACCUGCGGUGGCUCCAUCCUGUCCUCCAGCUACGUCCUGACGGCCGCCCACUGCGUCAAGUCGGGGAAGAAUGUAACUCCCGCCUCACAGCUGAGCAUUCGGGCCGGCAGUCUGCGCCUCUCCAGCGGGGGAGUGCUCGUGAAUGUGGCCCAGGUGAUUGUGCAUCCCCAGUACGGCGGCUCGGGCUAUGAUGUGGCUGUGCUCCGCUUGGCAUCCCCUCUGAAGUUCAGCUCCUAUAUAAAGGCCAUCUCCCUGGCGACCAGUGAUCCGCCCAACAAUUCCAUUGUGGACAUCUCCGGGUGGGGGGCCAUCUUCCAGAACGGGCCCGUUUCGGAUGAGCUCCUCUAUGCCCAUGUGCGCGCACUCGCCCGCGACACGUGCCAGCAGAGGUACUACGGAUCUCUAUCAGACACGACCAUGUGCCUGCUGCAUGAGGCCGAGAAGGGGGCCUGCCACGGCGACUCCGGCGGUCCUGCCACCUACGGCGGCAACCUGGUGGGCGUGGCCAGCUUUGUCCUGGGCGGCUGCGGGCGCUCGGCCCCCGACGGCUACGAGCGCGUCUCUGUGCUGCGGCCAUGGAUACGACAGAACGCCAGACUCUAGAUGGAGCACGUGACCCGGCCCCGAUCUCCCUUUUUGGGUCAUCUCCCUGUUUGCGACUCAUUUGGCGGCAAGCGAAUUGUAACCGGUUCAGAACAGUAAAGAGCAACGAGCAUUA